AUGGUCUCGCAAGGCGGCACGGCCGGACAGCCCAUCCUGGGGGGCAUCGAGAGCGAGGGCGUGAGCGAGUUUUGAACAGAUGCGUGCGGACGGAAGGAACACAAAAGAAAACGCAGUUUGGUAGGUAAAGUGAUCUCUCUGCGUCGGUAAGCACCAAACUCGUUGUUUUGUGUUUUUCGACAUGGCAGAAGCAUGGUUCUUUGCCCAUGAUGAUUGUCGCCGCCUCGCCCUGCCCCUCACGUCACUCUCCCACUUGGAAUCGUCGGUUUGUUGACCACUCUGGGCGCCAUCGCUUUCGAAGACGCAUAUGCUCGAAAAAUUUCACGUUCGCGAGCCUUUGCCACUCCUUGUCCGUCCCUGGAUCGUGUCGGACGCAUCCGGGCCUGUCAUUCACCAUUACUUCCGCACACGCUAGCGGGGAUUGGGGGAUGCUCCCGUGUAUUUCCCCGGAUCUGGUUUCUUGUUGGGCAGCGCAGAACAGCGUCGUCCGUCCGAGAAAGGUGCAAUGACACCCAGCGACCACACCGGUGUAGUUCGGACCCAGAAAAUCUCUACGGGACAGCACACUCCCGUCUUGCGGUUGUGGCACGAACAGUUACCUUUUUCACAGCACUGCCGCCAUUGCGGUACACAUCACACACGUGGUUACCGUCGAAUGCUACCGUUCCGAAAGGUGAUGGUGGUGGUUACACGAUAUUCGGGCGGCAUCAAGCUGGGAACAGGCGGGCUGUGCCGGGCCUACGGCGGGGCGUCGAGGCAAUGCCUACAGGCGGCUGAGAGGUAUUGAGCGCGGCGUGGUCGUCAAGGGCGCGGAGCUGUCAGUCGGACAGGGUAGGCAGAAGAGCCGGUCGUUGUUCCUUUUAGUCGGAGCUGCGAGUGUCGCUUGAUUUCGUUUGCAGCAGCAGGAGGGUGGGAUGGACCGCCCGAUCUACCAUCUUUCCAUUUUUUGGCACGGCACACGAUAUGCUCGUGAGAGCAACUUCGAGCCCUCGGCUGCACAAGCAGAGUUCAACGACGGGCGGACCACGUUACAGGCAGCGAUUUAUUGCGUCGGGAGCGCGCCGAAGGUGUCGGUGGAAGUAUCCGUCAGUUCCCGAUCGCCUAAGCGUCGGUACCUAGACUUGCCAUCUACAGGAGUAACAUGAAGCCCAGCAUGAACCGGGAGGGGGGUGUACUCAUAGUCGUGCAUGCCGUAGUCGUCAGACCAUUGACCUCGCAUCCCUACAAAGCAGGGACGGAGCACGCCGGGUUCUCACCGGACCAGGCUCUCACAUCACCAAGCGCGAAGCGCCGUGAGGUAUUUGGCGAGUCGCAUGAAGGGUGCGCUGCAUCCUGCUAAGGGUUUUCGGCAUCUUGCGCUUACUUCCUUGCGUACGGAUUACAGCUGCGUAUGACUUAGUUUUUUUUCUGGUGCUUUCACUUCCAGAGACAGUUGUAAGCUCUGUGUAACUACUCGAGGGUGCUUGACCAAUUCAACACAACGUGGUGCGAUCAUCCCCCUUGCGCGGAGUGAGGUUUAUCCACCCCGCACAACAUGAUCUACUCGACCACCGUUAUGGUUAUCGCCAAAAAAACAAAGAGGUAAAAAAAAAAAAACGGUAUUCUGGUUGCCGAGUUCACGAAGUGAAUUGGCUUGUUUUACAACGUCGUUGCCAAGCGACGAAAACCCAAUCCCGAUGGCAAACACCGAGGGGGGGGAACCGGUGGGGGGGGGGACUCUUCGGGUGUAGGGAGCCCGUUGUCGCGAGGCUCUACAGCAUGGACAUGCACGGGCCGGCCUUGGUUGUUUUGCCAUUUGAAUAUAUUAUCCCCCCGCAUGCUGUUUUUCUUUUUUUGGCCUCCCUUGCUUGCGGUGUCUAGUCGUCGGACAAUAGCGAGCCGCCUGGUAGGGUGGGUCGGUCGGCCGAGGAGUGAACAUGGCCGUGGUAGCUUUGCCGAUAGGUUAGAGACCCCCCCCCGCCGUCCCCGCACCCUUUUUUGUU